GCAACUCAUUUUACACAAAAAAAAAAAAAAAAAAAAAACUUGAGAAAAACUCACAGAAGGUAGCUUAAGAUAGUCAUGGCCACCUCUGCUAUCCAACAAUCGGCAUUCGCCGGCCAGACCGCUUUGAAGCAGUCGAAUGAGCUCGUCAGGAAGGCCGGUGCCGUCGGCGGCGGCCGUGCCACCAUGAGGAGAACUGUUAGGAGUGCUCCUCAGAGCAUCUGGUACGGCCCAGACCGCCCGAAGUACUUAGGACCAUUCUCAGAGCAAAUCCCAUCAUACCUGACUGGUGAAUUCCCCGGUGACUACGGCUGGGACACCGCUGGUCUAUCAGCUGACCCUGAGACCUUUGCAAGAAACCGUGAGCUUGAGGUCAUACACAGCAGGUGGGCCAUGCUUGGUGCACUCGGCUGCGUCUUCCCUGAGAUCUUGUCAAAGAACGGUGUCAAGUUUGGUGAGGCAGUUUGGUUCAAGGCUGGUUCCCAGAUCUUCUCAGAGGGCGGCCUUGACUACCUCGGCAACCCAAACCUCAUCCACGCCCAGAGCAUCUUGGCCAUCUGGGCCAGCCAGGUUGUCCUCAUGGGCUUUGUUGAGGGCUACAGGAUUGGCGGUGGCCCACUUGGCGAGGGCCUUGACCCAAUCUACCCGGGUGGGGCAUUUGACCCACUUGGCCUCGCUGAUGACCCAGAUGCAUUUGCUGAGUUGAAGGUCAAGGAGCUCAAGAAUGGAAGGCUGGCUAUGUUCUCCAUGUUUGGUUUCUUCGUUCAGGCCAUUGUUACCGGAAAGGGACCAAUUGAGAACCUCGUCGACCACCUUGCUGACCCAGUGACCAACAAUGCUUGGGCUUACGCCACAAACUUUGUCCCCGGGAAGUGAGAGAGCCACCCCAGAUGGGUUUUGAUGUUCAGAUGUAACAUUACUUAGCUUUCAUGCUCUUGUUGAAGCUCUUUCUAUGUGGACUCCGUUUUAGUACUGAUGUAAUUUCACUAGUAGAAACUGCUUCUCCUGGAACCGAUUAUUAUUUCUACUUAAAAUUGCGGCUCCUCCGUGCUUGAACUCAUCACCUGUUUGAUCGUGCUGUUUAUCAA